GCCUUACCAUUAAAAAGCAAGGGGAGCACAAGCAUUAUUACACAAAGCAAAAGCACUAGCCAUGGCAGCGUCGCGCUACGAGGUGGAGGUGACGGUGGCCUCGGCGCGCGACCUCAAGAACGUCAACUGGCGCAACGGCGACCUCAAGCCCUACGCCGUCGUGUGGAUCGACGACGGCGCCAAGUGCUCCACCCGCGUCGACCUCGACAACGCCGACAACCCCACCUGGGAUGACAAGCUCACCGUCCCUCUCCCGCCCUCCACCCGCCUCGACGACGCCGUCCUCUACCUCGACGUCGUCCACGCCAACGCCACCGACGGCGUCAAGCCCCUCGUCGGCUCCGCGCGCCUCCCGCUCCGCGACGUCCUCGCCGACACCGGCAUAGGCGCCCGAGCCUCCCGCUCCCUCCGCCUCAAGCGCCCCUCCGGCCGCCCCCAUGGACGCCUCGAAGUCCGCGUCGCCGUCCGCGAGCCCAAGCGCUACUACGACCCCUCGCCGGCGUACCCUGCUCCCUACCACCAGCAGUCGUCCCGUGACCCCUACGCCUACGGUAACACUACAACUGGUGGCUAUGGCUAUGCCUAUGGCGGGGCCCCUCCGGCUCCGUACUCCGCGGCCCCUCCUGCUGGAUACCCGUCGGCCUAUGGAGGAGCGGCUCCUACUCAACCUGCCUAUGGCUCCGCCGCGCCACCUCAACCUGCCGCUGUCAGCUAUGGAGCGCCUCCUGUGGAUGCAAAGAAGAAGAGCAAGAUGGGCAUGGGGGGUGGGCUGGCGGUUGGCGCGGCGGCCGGCGUUCUUGGCGGUCUGGCGCUGGCGGGCGGCGCCAGCUACCUGGAGAACAAGUUUGAGGAUCGCGUGGCGGAGCGGGUGGAGGAGGACCGCUACGGCGGCGGCGGUGGUGGCUACGACGACUACGGCGAUGACGACUAUUAAUAAUUUAUAUGAUAUUCGAAUUGCACUUGCAGGGGAGUCAGAUUAUUGUAAUUGAGUCUUGUGUUUUUAUCAUCCUUGUCUUACAAAUCAAUAUCAAAUUAAAUUAAAACUCGUGUGUGUGUGUGUGUGUGAUCCUA